AUGCCUCGUUUCACCGACAUCGAUCCGAAUAAUAAGAAGCUUUCGCCUGUGUAUGGAUAUUUAACUCAUCCAUUACUUCCACUUCGUCGAGCUCUCGAGCCAAUUCUUCGUGAAAUUGAUCAAUUAGAUCGAUUCAUCACAAUAGCCAUUAAUGAAUGCCAUUUUCCUUCUGAACAUGGUCUCACGCGUGAUGAAUCAGCCGCAGUUUUUCUCUACAGCAUGGAGUGGGGUGAUAACAGUUUCUAUCAAGUUCUUAAUCGAGCACUGCGUUCCGAAGAUCAACAAGCACUCAAACGUUGGUUUGAAUAUCUUAAAUUAUUUGAUGUAGCAUUGCACAAAUUACCCACUGAUCGGCUAAAUGUAUGGCGUGAUGUUAAUGGUAAUAUCAGCAAGAAUUUCAAAAAAGGCGAAGAAAUAACAUGGUAG